CUGCGACCCAGGGGAGGGCAGGUCGCUGUAGCCCCCUGGGGAGGGCAGGCCAUCCCGGCUACCCUGUGUGGGCACAGGUCACCUGGAGGGCGGCGCCCGGGCCGCCGGACGCAGCUGCCCCAGGUGCGCCGCGCCGCCGAGGAGCCGGCCCCGCCCCGCCGCUCGGCCGCCGAUUGCUCGCGUCUGGCCGCAGCCCCGGAGGAUCGCCGAGCGCGUCGCUCCCGCCUCUCCGCACCGCCUCGCUCCCUGCCGAGGCUCUCGCCCCGUGCUCGACGACUCCCGCGUCUGUCUGGCUCCGCGGCAGCCUGGCCCGAUGGCUCCUCAGAGGAGGGGCGCGCCCAGGGCGGCCGAGAACAGCGGGGCCGCUGUGCGCCGGCGCCCAAGCAGUGCCAAGAAGGACCGGGUGCUGCGGGAGUCGUGGAGGGAAGCAUGGCUGAGGGUUGCAGGCCUGGUGGCUGGCCUUGUGCUGGCUGCCCUCCUGCUCUGGAGCAGCCUGGGGACCGAGGAUGGCGUGGCCGAGGUCCUGGCCCAUCGUGGUGAGGUCCUGGCGGGCAGAUUCAUCGAGGUGCCCUGCUCUGAAGACUAUGAUGGCCACCGGAGGUUUGAAGGCUGCACCCCCAGGAAGUGUGGCCGGGGCGUCACCGACGUUGUCAUCACCCGGGAGGAGGCGCAGCGGGUUCUCAGCAUAGCCGCAAAGGGACUCGCGCUGGGCGGAUCCGACGGAGGGGCGUCCAUCCUGGACCUGCACUCCGGAGCCCUGUCUAUGGGGAAGCACUUUGUGAACCUGUACAGAUACUUUGGGGAUAAGAUACAGACGGUCUUCUCUGAAGAGGACUUCCAGUUGUAUCAGGACGUGCGGCAGAAGGUGCAGCUCACCAUCGCCAAGGCUUUCGGCAUCGGCGCGUCCUCGCUCUACCUGACGAAGCCCACGUUCUUCUCCCGCAUCAACAGCUCGCAGGCCCGGACCGCCCACGACGAGUACUGGCACGCACACGUGGACAAGGUGACCUAUGGCUCCUUCGACUAUACCUCACUGCUCUACCUCUCCGACUACCUGGAAGACUUCGGUGGCGGGCGCUUUGUGUUCGUGGAUGAAGGGGCCAACAAGACAGUGGAGCCGAGAGCCGGGCGGGUCUCCUUCUUCACUUCGGGGUCUGAGAACCUUCACCGGGUGGAGAAGGUCCUCUGGGGCACCCGGUACGCCAUCACCAUCGCCUUCACCUGCAACCCCGACCACAGCAUCGAAGACCCAGCAUUCACGUAGCCGGUGGGGCCCUGGGAUCACACCUGGGGCCUGUCCACAUACCCUCCUCUUGGGAAGCAGCCACGGGCAGGUGGUGCUCCUGGGCCACCUGAGCAUGUGCCCUGCCCCUGGGAUCCAGCCCCUUCCCUCUGCAGAGUGCCUUAUGAAUUAUCCUGAGUCCUGAUUUGCUGGUGUUUUAGUCUUUUCAUCUGUGAAUAAAUGGAGGAGCGGGUUUCCUCCUCAUUAGC